AUGGCACGUUUUUUAGUUGAAGUGUUUUAUGAUGAAGAUUGUGUAAGUGAAAAGAUUUUUUGGAAAUGGCUUCGAAAUUUGAACCAAGAAGAAAGCAAUGGUUGCAAUGCCAUAAUUGAAUCAACAAAAGAUUUUUUUGAUUGGUUAUUACCAGCCGAAGCUGAAACCACCGAAGAAGAAAAUGAUGAUGAUAAUGACGAAAUUGCAAAUGACUAUAUUAUCGUUCGUUCAUUUUCAAUUUUGUUACUUAUUCGUGAAAAGAAACUUUUUGAUCAAUUUCGUCUUGAUAAUUCAAAUAUUUAUCUUCAUAAUGUUAAUAAAAGUCUUUUUCGAUCUUAUUAUAAUCCUGUUAUUGACAAACAAAAAGAUGGAAUACUUAAAAAAUAUGGUCGACAUGUUCGAAAUGUUAUGUGUAAAAAAGUUCUUAUACCACCAGAAGAUUUAACAGUACAUCAAAAUAUAUCAUUAAAAUCAAAUGAAACAAAUAGUACAAGUGGAAUUAAAACAUUAACGAGUUCAAUACGACACCCAAAAAAUAUUUUAAUACGUACACCAGAAUCUGUACGACGUAGUUUAACAUUAGCAAAUACACGUUCAUCAAAAUCUUUAAACAUCACAUAA